CUUUCCGUACUUUCUAUGGCGGCUACCAGUGAACGAGACGUCUCAUUGGUGAGGGAUAAAGGAAAUUAACAACCUGCAGGCAGGAAAUGCAGCUUUUGUUGUGAACCCGCAGCAGCUGAGCGUGAUUGGAAAAAUGGCGACAGAGGGAGAGUACGAGUCAAUCCUCUGUGUUAAACCAGAUAUUAAUGUAUACAGGAUUCCUCCUCGGGCCUCUAACCGAGGAUACAGAGCAGCGGACUGGAAGUUGGAACAACCUGACUGGAAGGGCCGAAUGAGAGUUACUGCAAGAGGAAAAGUGGCAUUUAUUAAACUGGAAGACAAAUCUUCAGGUGAACUGUUUGCUCAAGCACCAGUUGAUCAAUACCCUGGUAUUGCUGUGGAGACUGUCAGUGAUUCCAGUCGAUAUUUUGUUAUUCGAAUUCAGGAUGGAAAUGGACGAAGUGCAUUUAUUGGAAUUGGAUUUAGUGAUAGAGGAGAUGCUUUUGAUUUCAACGUGGCAUUGCAGGACCACUUCAAGUGGGUGAAACAAGAAAAUGAAAUCUCUAAAGAGGGUCAGAACCAGAAUGCAGGUCCAAAACUAGACCUUGGCUUCAAAGAAGGACAGACAAUCACAUUAAAUAUUGGGCAAGCAAAGAAAAAAGAUGGGCCUAAACCACGAUUACAAGGUACUGGGGCCCUUGGACUUCUGCCUCCUCCUCCAGGUGGAAAAAUAGCUCCCCCUGUGUCUUCUGUCUCUCCUAAUCACAUUCCAGAAGUUGCUGCUCCUGGCAAUGCUUCCCAGUGCACAGGCGAUACAGGUUUUCUUUUAGACUUGGACAUGCCCAGCUCUGUUCCAUCAGAAUCUGCACAAGCAACUGACCUUUGGGGAGAUUUUUCUAGCUCAUCAAGUUCAGCUUCUAAUCAGAGUCAGCAGUCAUCCAGCUGGGUCCAGUUCUGAGAUGUAUUUCAGCAUUUGUCAUUUAACAAUCUGCUCUGAAAUCAAAAUCCAGAGUUCUACUAGUCCAAUCACUUGCUAUUCCAUUUAUGCUAAAUUAUAGUACUCCGAGCUAUCCUACAGAAUUGUCUCCCUAUAACCCAAAUCAACACUAAUUUGAUCAACAGAGUUAUGAAAGCCAUUGUACUACUUAUGAGAUUUUAUUUACAUUUUCCCGUAAAGUAAUGCAACAUUUAACAUAUACAGAUUUUAGACGUUUACUUUAUAAGAAUCUGUCAUUCUAAAUGCAAAGUUUACAGUUCCUUCUAUUUAGGUUUUCUUUUAACUGUAUUUGUUUAUUUUUCCAUCUUCAGGAUAGUUUAUGAUUAUAUAUCUUAUCUGUGAGUCUUGAAAAAUAAAAUGUGUAAUUUUGCUUUUUUAACAUUUGUUUUAAAAGCUAGUGUAAAUUUUGUAUCUCUCUCUUCCAGUGCUACAUGUGACAGCCAAUGUCCCAGUCAGUUGGAAGCAAAUGUGAAAUAUUAAAUGUUUAACACAAAACCAAUUCAUGAUCACGUUAAAUUUUGAUACUGAAACAAGUUAUCAAAAUAAAAUGUUGAAAAGAUGAGCAAUGAUAAAAUGACAAGUUGCAUUACUUUCAGUAUAUCAUGUUUUUAUUGUAGAAUAUAUAGUAUGCCAGACAUUUAAUGUCUUUAAAGGAUAGGUUUCUGUUAAAUCUAGUAAAUAUUUCUUUGUGUUCACCUUGGAAUAGCAACUGAUUGAUUGCAUAUAAAAUCUGUAGAUAUACAAGUAUACAUUGACUAUUUUACAUUUUGAAGAGAGAACAUAUUUUAAGUAACCAUCACUGUUGAUUUCUGGUAUUUUAUCUGGUGGUAGUUUGACUAAAAUGUUCUUCUUUAUUAGAUGUACAGACAAUUCACAUUUUCACUAUCAUUUGGAAAAAUAAAGGUAUUCUUGUAAUGCAUAUAACUUUGUGUAAAGAAAAAAGUUAAGUUCUUUACUCAUUGGCAUUGUGAUUACAUAAAUGUAAUGUAAAUCAUUUUGUUCACUACAUAGUAAGAGCAUCUGCUUCAUAUAUUUGAUGUAAAUGGCAUAGUUCAUUCAAGUAACAUUACAUAUCCGUAUAUGUUAUCUACUGUACUUUUUGACUAUUCUAACAUUAAUUCUUGUAAAAAAAAUAAUCUAAGUGAUAUUACUGCUUAGCAUUGUCUAACUGUGGGCAAAUGUUAACAGCAUACUUGGUUUUCUGUUGAGUGUCUGUAAACUUCACAAUUACUAAGGUACGUCCAGUUAUUUGGAGCUGCACAGUUUUUGAAAUUACUUAGACACUAAUCAAUAUAUGCAAACUCGACUGUCUUUACUAAAUGUCACGCUUCAGUGUCUGGUAUCUGGUUUUUGGUAUUGUUUACAUUGCUGACGUGAUGUUCAAUAAUUUGUCUUAAACAUAAGAGUUUAGUAUCUUGAAUAUCUUAACUGUCCCCAUUAUUUUUUUCACCAUUUUUUUCCAGCAUAAUACUUAUGCAAUUAAUUUAUGUUUUGAAAUAUGAAGGUUUACUUUGUUAUGUUAAACUUGAAUAAUUUCCAAGGACAGCUUGUUCUAGCAAGUGAUUUUGGUAGAAUGCAUUUUCUGGUUUGUGCAAAUGGUUGAAUCCUUGUCGCUAGUUGCUAAAUCAUGUCUGCUUCUGUAAAGAUAUUUGUAUUGUUUAGUCAUUCAAAGUAUUUUUUAAAUGUUGGUCAUUUAAUUUAUUCAUCUGCUUUCCUGCUUAACAAAAAGUACCUGUGGGUAUACUUGAACUGAAAGACCACGUUAGAAAGAACAAAACGUAUUGCUGUUUAAAGUGCUAGUGAGUAAUGCUGCAAAACAUUUUUUUUUUUUUUAUUCUUAAUAAAUUCUUAAGAAUUUGAGGCAUUUGGUUUUAAAAAUGUGGUGGUCUUUGCUGCAUUACUGUGUAGUCUCUACACAGGUAGUUUACAUUUCUCUUGUCAUAUUCUGCUGCACUUUUUUUUUUUUUUUAAACUCAAGUAUUAAAUUUGCACAGUUAUUGGUUGGUUUGCAACUGUUGGAUAUAGCAGGCACUUUAUUUAUAGUACUUGAUUUGUUAGUGUUUAAAUUAAGAAUAUGAUCUCAUUAAUUUCAGUAUUUAGUUUUGUGAAUAAAAAUUUACAGGAAAAAGAGCACAUCCUUGACCAGUACUACUACAUUACGUUUAAUUUUCUGUUUUUUUUUUUUUUUUUCCAAACAUAAAUAUGUAUUUAAAUACAAGUUUGUCAAGGUGUUUUGUUUUUUUUGUCAUUGUCCUUAGUAUAUGUUAAGCUUAUAUUGUCUUACUGAUGCAAAAAUGAUGUAAAUAUUAUGAAUUUCCAUGCAUAUAUUUAAGAAAAUUAUAAAAUAAAAACACCAACUCUUGUAAGA